AUGGGAUUAUUCGGAUCAAAAAGUUAACUGAAGCAAGUCUUGCUAACUGGGCCAGAGGGAGCAGGGAAAACAACAUUACUUUAUCAAAUGAUUUUAAGAAAAAAAGAGUGGAGAGCUACCCCUACUAUUGGCUUCAAUUACGAGGAAAUAUAAAGUGAAAGAGGUGACAGAGCUGGAAUUUGGGAUGUUGGAGGCUCAGCCUCAACAUAAAUGGUAAUUUCUUCAAUAUACAAGAAUGUUUACUUUUCUGGACUACUUUAUGUGAUGAAUAUUGAUGAUCCUGAACAUAUCAAUAUUGCAAGGAAGGAAUUUGCUGGCAAUAAGACAACCUUCUUCUCAGACGACAGCUAGUACAAAUAAAUAGACCAAUUUUUAGCUCUAGCCUCAAGAAACUAAUACCUUUUCAAAGAAUUAGCCAAUCAAAGUAAAAUUUAUGUCUUUAAGUAUUGA